AGAGCCCCGCCGCGCGCGCCCCGGCCCGCGCCCGGCGCUGCGCCCCAACCCACCCGCGGGGCGCCCACCUGCCGCCCCGACGGGAGGCCCCCAGCGGCCGCAGCCGCUGCCCGGGGCCGGGCGCCCGCGGCAGCACCAUGAGUCCCCGCUCGUGCCUGCGUUCGCUGCGCCUCCUCGUCUUCGCUGUCUUCUCGGCCGCUGCGAGCAACUGGCUGUACCUGGCCAAGUUGUCUUCAGUGGGGAGCAUCUCAGAGGAGGAGACAUGCGAGAAGCUCAAGGGCCUGAUCCAGAGGCAGGUGCAGAUGUGCAAGCGGAACCUGGAGGUGAUGGACUCAGUGCGCCGUGGCGCCCAGCUCGCCAUCGAGGAGUGCCAGUACCAGUUCCGGAACCGGCGCUGGAACUGCUCCACACUCGACUCCUUGCCUGUCUUCGGCAAGGUGGUGACACAAGGGACUCGGGAGGCGGCCUUCGUGUAUGCCAUCUCUUCGGCAGGUGUGGCCUUUGCAGUGACACGGGCAUGCAGCAGUGGGGAGCUGGAAAAGUGCGGCUGUGACCGGACAGUACACGGGGUCAGCCCACAGGGCUUCCAGUGGUCAGGAUGCUCGGACAACAUCGCCUACGGCGUGGCCUUCUCACAGUCCUUCGUGGACGUGCGGGAGAGAAGCAAAGGGGCCUCAUCCAGCCGGGCCCUCAUGAACCUCCACAACAACGAGGCCGGCAGGAAGGCUAUCCUGACACACAUGCGGGUGGAGUGCAAGUGCCAUGGGGUGUCGGGCUCCUGCGAGGUAAAGACAUGCUGGCGAGCCGUGCCGCCCUUCCGCCAGGUGGGCCAUGCACUGAAGGAGAAGUUUGAUGGUGCCACAGAGGUGGAGCCACGCCGUGUGGGCUCCUCCAGGGCACUGGUGCCACGCAAUGCACAGUUCAAGCCCCACACUGAUGAGGACCUGGUGUACUUGGAGCCCAGCCCAGACUUCUGUGAGCAGGACAUGCGCAGUGGUGUGCUGGGCACAAAGGGACGCACGUGCAACAAGACGUCCAAGGCCAUCGACGGCUGUGAGCUGCUGUGCUGUGGCCGUGGCUUCCACACAGCACAGGUUGAGCUGGCUGAGCGCUGCAGCUGCAAAUUCCACUGGUGCUGCUUCGUCAAGUGCCGGCAGUGCCAACGGCUUGUGGAGCUACACACAUGCCGGUGACUGCCGCCCAGCCCUGUGCCCAGCAACCACCCAGAGGUCCAGGGAAGGCCAAUAAUUUAAACAGUCCCCCACCACCCACCCCAAAAGAUACUGGUUGUAUUUUUUGUUUUGGUUUGGUUUUUGGGUCCUCAUGUUAUUUAUUGCUGAAACCAGGCAGGUGACCCCAAGGGCACCGACGGGCCUCCCCUAAAGCCUGGGUCUUUUGUGGCUGCCACUGACCAAAGGGACCUUGCUCAUGCCUCUGGCUAUCCACGUGUGGCCACUGCUGACCACUCAGUUGUUUUCUGUAACCAUUUUUCUACUUGCAGACUUAAGGUGGUAACAGGAGUGUUACAGCCACAUGCCUACUGACCCUGCCAUCUGGGUGGCCCAAUGGCAGGGGGACAUAGGUGCCAUCUGGAUGGAAGCUGCACCCCCACGCAUACACACAGACCCCUGGCAGCUUCAGUCUGGUAGCCCUGUUUCUCAAGCCCCUGGAAAGGGAAUGAGCAGAUACCAGGUUAAAAAGGGCAAAGGGCUGAAAUUAUCAGCCCUCUACAAGCAAUUGGAGGUCCAAGCUCUGGGGGACCUUCCAGGCAGGAAGAGCAGGCGAGACCAGGGCAAGAGCAGGUUACAGUCCUACCCCAGAGCCCAGCCCACCCAGCCUCCCCUCAAAGAGGGAACUCCCACUCCCGGGUGCCUCCCAGGCAGGAGUAUAGGCUGCCGUCUCAGAUUAGUGAUCCCAGUGGGGCCUUGGCAGUGAUGCCCCUCGUGUGAGUCUCCUCCUCCCAGUGCUUCGUGAAAUUAACAAUGGGAAGUGCGUACACGCACGCACACAAAAGGCCAUGUGCAAAAGCCCUCCCCCGACCAUUAUUUCACUACUGAACCAAAUUUACUAAGCAAAUACUAUGUUCUAGAUCCCGUGUACUGGGCAUUUCACUGUAUGAUUACAACAGUCCUGGGAGGCAGACAAGACAGGGAUGCUGGUACCCAUGUUAUAGGGGAGAGGAAAAUGUUCAGCCAGGUCAGAGCCGGCCCGAUGUAGAGACAGGGCCAGAAGAGUCCUCCAGCCAAGGCUCUGCCUGGGCUUCUGCACCCAAAGGCCUGGCAACUGCAGGGUUCCUGGGGUCUGAGCCUUGGGGAGAGGGCUGUGGCUAGAGGAAGAGAAGCCAGAAAGCAGCAGAAGCCACAGACCACAGGCUAAGCUACAGCCCACAGGGGGGCAGUGGCUGAGGCAGCCCUGCCCCUAGGUACCAUGGGUACCGAAGCAGAGUCCCCAGAGACGCCCCAGCAGCGCAAAUGUGGCCCUCACACCAGCCAAGCCGUUAGGAGCCCAGCCCAACACCCAUACAUCAAGACCUGGGCUGACCCAAGACCUGCUUCUCAGGUAGACUCCCAACCACCAGAGAAACUCGCUGCCAGCCCAGCCUCCAGGCCGUCCCCACGCUGAGGCUCUAGGCUCCUGAUUUGAGGCCUUGAGCUCUGGGAUCCCCACAGGAGGUUCUCAGACCCCCAAGCUCUUGGCUCUGGAAUUCAGUGUCUGAAUGCAGGCUCCAGUCCGCAGAAGCUCUCCUCUAGACUCUGUGGUCUGGGCCUCCUCACGCUGGCUCCCUCAGGAAGAAGGCCAACACCCUUGGCCACAGCCAAGCUCUCUACUCAAUGUCCUUCCAAGAAGAUGGCCAAAGCCAAAUGAGAUGCAACAGCUACAUUCAAAUGUGGGGAUAAUCUUGGGGAACAUAGGCUCUGAUAUGGAUAAAAGCUGAGCAGACUAAGUGUCCCACAGCUGCCCAGUCUCACUGCUCCUCUGGCGGGCAUCUAGCUGUCUGCUCAGAACCAGGAAAAAUACUAUCCCUCACUGGCAGAGACUAGACCGAGGCGAAGGAAGCCGUGGAGACCCCUCCCUGUCCAGACAGGGCUGAGCCACACUCUCCCCCACCCCAAGUCCUGUCCCCAGAGCCAGAGGAUGAGGGUCCAGGAUGGAUGCUGGUAUAGUGGGCGCUGCUCCAGGAAGAAGUGAGAGGGUCUGUGCCUGUUUGUGGGUUCCACCUCUCUGCAUGCCAGGGGACUCCUCAAAGCUAAUCCUCCCAGGACUCUGAAGGAUGUAACCUCAGUGAAGCAGACUAGAUUCUAGGAACCCUUGCCCAGCCCUACCACCACCACCACCACAGGCCAAAGGGAUCCAAAGCCACUGGAAAAUGGAGCUUCCUUGGACACACCUAGCUCUGAACUGUCCCGAAUAAAGCGAAGGAAUGAGCACAGGCCUGAUAAAGCCUACCCACGCUGGAAGCUGGCCAGAGGGUCCAAUUCCUGCCUGAAACCCUCUCCACUAGUGUUGACACAACGCAAAGGUGAUGUCCUCUGAGGCCUAGGGCUGGAUAGGCCCCAACUCUGGAUGCUGCUACCCUCUUGCUGCCCCUAACCCAUCCUCCAAUUUUUAUACUAGGCGCAUUGCCAUUGAAACAUCCCCAUGAAAUAGUCUGAUGCACGAUAAAAUGAUUAUUUCUUUAUCUUGCAA